AUGACCUCCCAGCUUUCCCAGCCGAUAAUCAUCAUCGGAGGCGGCACAUUUGGAACAUCAACCGCCUACCAUCUCGCUAUAAAAGGCUACACCAAUGUCACUGUCCUCGACCGCUUCCCCGUUCCCUCGUUCGAGGCCGCUGGCAAUGACAUCAACAAAGUCGUCCGCACCGAAUACCCAGAGCCCCUAUACACGAAGCUGGCCAGCGAUUCAAGAGACAUCUGGCGCGAGCCGAAUGGCUUAUUUGCCGGGCUGUACCACCCCAGCGGUUGGAUCAUUGGGGCCACGGACCGUUCUUCGCCUUUCGUGGAAGCCUCCAUAAAAAGCGCAAGGGAUCUAGGUGUUGACCCCCCGCGGCUCGUCUCGACGCAGGAAAUCCAUCAGCAGUGGCCUGUGAUGGACGGAGACUUCCAGGGGUGGAAGUCCUAUUGGAGUCCGAAUGCCGCGUGGGUGAAUGCGCGCGAAGGGAUUGUGAGAAUGGCGCGAGAGGCUAUGAAGGCCGGGGUUAAGUAUAUAUCUGGAGAUUCCGGGUACGUGAAGCAGCUGCUCUACGAUGCGAAUCAAGCUUGUAUCGGGGUGAAGUGUGGAGAUGGCACGGCGUAUUUUGGGAGCCAGAUUAUCCUCGCGGCCGGUGCUGCGGCUGGUUCUCUUUUGGAUCUCGAGGGCCAGAUUGUGGCAAAGGGACAUACAGUGGGCCAUAUCCAGCUUACCCCGGAUGAGGUCGAGGAGUAUAAAAACAUUCCCAUUCUGGAUCAUCUCGAAGGAGGCAUUCUAUUCCCACCUCAAGAAGACGGUAUCAUGAAAAUCGGUGCUGUCCAUUUUGUCACCAACUAUGCAAAGUCCCUGAAUGGGAUGUCGCUUCCUCGAUACCGCUCAGACAACCCACAGGAUGGAAUUCCCGCUGUAGUCGAGGCUCGUCUUCGUAAAUGGAUGGAGACCUGUGUGCCAAAAUUGGCUCAUAGAGAGUGGAUUGAAACUCGAAUAUGCUGGGACGGAGACAUGGCCGACUACCACUUCCUCAUCACCCCCCAUGUCAAACACAGAAACCUCAAAAUUGCCAUCGGAGGCUCUGCGCAUGGAUUUAAAUUUCUCCCAGUGCUGGGGAAAUACAUUGUUGAGAUGAUGGAGGGCACUCUGGACCCCGAAAUUGCACAGAAGUGGAGGUGGAGGCCUGGCGUCCAGCUGUCGGAUUAUUCAACGAAUCCUCAUCCGGAGAGCCCCGAGGAUCUGAAUGACAUGCCUGGCUGGGGCGAGCCCAUCAAGAGUUCUUUGUAA